CGGCGGCGUCGGCGGCGUCGGCGCUCACGCAGGGGCGGGUCACGGCGGCGCGAAGCGGUGCUGGGCGGGAAGGCAAGUCGUGGCGGCGGCGGCGGCGGCGGCGGCGGGGUCCGCAGGAGCGGCGGUGCUGUCAGUUAGGCCGUCGGAGAAAUGGGAGACCCGGGGUCGGAGAUGAUAGAAUCUGUCCCUCCAGCUGGGCCCGAGGCAUCUGAGGCAACGACGGAUGAAAACGAAGAUGACAUUCAGUUUGUUAGCGAAGGACCAUCAAAAUGUGUUCUUGAAUACAAUUAUCUAGUCUGUAGUGAUAAUGAAAAGCCUAGCACCUGUCAUAAUGAUAUUCUGUUCCCUAAAAUGCCAAAACGGCAGGGAGAUUUUUUGCGUUUUUUAAAUGUGAAGAAGGUGAAAACAGACACAGAAAGUAGUAAUAACAAAAGUCAAUGUGAAUUGUCUAAGUCAAAGGAACCGAAUUUCAAAUACGUUGAACAACCAAUCACUGAAGAAAAUCCAUCAUGUUCAUCAAAGGAAGAAACAGAUAAUCUUGUGCUUCCAGAUUGUUGGAAUGAAAAGCAAGCAUUGAUGUUUACAGAACAAUACAAAUGGCUUGAAAUAAAAGAAGGUAAAUUAGGAUGUAAAGAUUGUUCAGCAGUUCGGCAUUUGGGAUCGAAAGCCGAAAAGCACGUCCAUGUGUCCAAGGAAUGGAUUGCAUAUUUAGUAACUCCUAAUGGCAGUAAUAAAACUACUAGACAGGCUUCUCUGCGGAAGAAAAUUAGGGAACAUGAUGUUUCUAAAGCCCAUGGUAAAAUCCAGGAUUUGUUAAAGGAAUCAGUUAAUGAAUCAAUUUCUAAUUUAGUGCAUAAACAAAAUAAUAAAAAUAUUGAUGCUACUGUAAAAGUUUUCAAUACUGUUUACAGUUUAGUAAAACAUAAUAGACCUUUAUCUGAUAUUGAGGGGGCAGUAGAAUUACAAGAGAAAAAUGGAGAGGUCAACUGUUUAAAUACGCGAUACAGUGCAACAAGAAUAGCAGAACACAUCGCAAAAGAAAUGAAAAUAAAGAUAUUUAAGAAUAUUAUAGAAGAGAAUGCCAAAAUCUGCAUCAUAAUUGAUGAGGCAUCUACAGUUUCAAAGAAAAGCACUCUAGUGAUUUAUCUCCAGUGCACAGUUCAUUCGGCUCCCACACCAGUUAUGUUGUUUGUUGCUUUAAAAGAAUUGGUGUCAACCACAGCAGAGUAUAUUUUCAAUACAAUAUUGAGUACUUUAAAUGAUUGUGGCUUUACUGAUGAAUAUUUGAAAGCAAACUUAAUUGCAUUUUGUUCUGAUGGUGCUAAUACAGUGUUGGGAAAAAAGUCUAGAGUAGCUACAAAGUUGUUAGAAAAUUUUCCUAAAAUCAUUAUUUGGAACUGUUUAAACUAUCGAUUGCAUUUGUCACUUGAUGAUUCAAUAUCUGAAAUAAAACAAGUUAAUCAUUUUAAACUAUUUCUUGAUAAAAUUUAUUCCAUUUAUCACCAGUCUAAUAAAAAUCAAAACAAGCUUUUAGAAACUGUAGCUAAAGAUCUUGAAAUUGAAAUUAUUAAAAUUGGCCGGGUAAUGGGACCAAGAUGGGCAGCAUGUAGUUUACAAGCGGCUACUGCUGUAUGGCAUGCAUAUCCUGUAUUGUAUAUGCAUUUUUCUAAUUCUCACUCUGGUUUGGCAAAGAGAUUAGCUAACAUUAAUUUUUUGCAAGACCUGGCUUUAAUGAUUGACAUUCUUGAAGAAUUUUCACUACUUUCAACUGCAUUACAGUCAAGAUCAACUAAUAUUCAAAAAGCACAAAAAUUAAUCAAACGCACCAUAAGAGCUUUGGAAAAUUUAAAAAUUGGUACUGGAAAGCAUGAGUCUCAAAUUGAAGGUUUGAUUAAGUCAGAUAAGUUUAAAGAUAUUCCAUUUAAUAAAAAUAAUAAAUUUAAUGCUCUUCCUAGAAGUAUGUUACUAGAAAAUAUAAUUGAACACAUGCACUUACGUCUUGUAUCUGACAGAAACCACAAUGAAAGUAUUUUUGAUUAUUUUGACUUGCUAGAACCUUCUGCAUGGCCUUAUGAAGAAGUAACUUCACCAUGGAUAGCUGGUGAAAAAAAAUUAUUUCAUCUAUGUGAAAUUUUAAAAUAUGAAAUUGAUUUGAGUGAUUUUCGGGAAUUUGUAAAUAAUAAUAUAAAAUCAAACAAUGUUUCCAUUCCUACAACUAUACAAAAAGCUAAAAAGAUAGUUAACACUAUUGCAAUCAAUAAUGCUGAAGCUGAAAGAGGAUUCAAUUUAAUGAAUAUAAUUUGUACAAGGGUGAGAAAUAGUUUAACAAUAGAUCACAUAUCAGAUUUAAUGACAAUAAAUUUAUUGGGGAAAGAGUUAACAGAUUGGGAUGCAACACCAUUUGUAAAGUCCUGGUCAAAUUGUAAUCAUAGGUUGGCUACAGAUACAAGAGUUAGGCAAAAAUCAACAAAAACCUAUGAGAAUCAGCUGGCUAUAUGGAACUUACAAUAAAGGAUAUUGUAUAUGUUUUUAUCAUUUGUAAUUGUGUGCUACACAUCUUUUAUAUAUUAAAAAUUUUUUUGAAAGCCAAUUGUUAAACUUUUAUUAACACAUUGUUUAAAAGGCAUUCUCCAAAGAGAUAAACUUGAUUGUUGUUUUUAGGAGCUUUAUAAUUUUUUUUAGAGAUUGAUACAGUGGACCAUGAUGUAUAUUCCAAGGAGUCCUAUACAGAGUAUCCAACCAUUUCCAUUUCUGCUGUCUUACUUCUAGUAAGGAUGCAAAAGAAUUACAAUCCAGUAAAUUCUAAGCCCUGGAAAUUAUAUAAAAUAAAUGAGAAAUGGAAUAAAAACUGCAAGCCUUUUGGCUUUUACUCAUUUCUGUAUCUGUGCUAAUACAGUAAUCUAUAGGUAUGUGUGGCCAUUAAGCACUUGAAAUGAGCUCAGUAGGACUAAGUGAAUUUUUUAAUUUAAUUAAAUAUAAAAAAGCAAUGAAGGGAGGCAGCCCGGGUGGCUCAGCGGAUUAGUGCCGCUUGCAGCCCAGGGUGUGAUCCUGGAGACCCCAGAUCAAGU